AUGUCAGAUCUCCCCACAAAGGAGGUCGCCAAUAAUGAAGACGUCAGCUCUUCUCAUUAUAACACACCUGCUAAGAUGAGUGAAGAAAAUGUAUCAGAUUUCGGUAACGAGAAGGGUGCAGCUCAAGCUCGUCCAGGUCAUAUCGGCCGAAGGGUCUCAGAGUGGGAGGCUCUCCAAAUCGCUGCUGCAGGUGACAUGGAAACCAUUGAUAACGAAGUACAAGAUUUGGAAGCAGAGGUUACAGCUCGAGGCAAAUCUCGUUCCGACGUAUUCCAGUUGAAGUUCAAGGACCCUAGACAUUACACCUGGUUGUUAGUCGCUUUUGCCUCUAUGGGAGGUCUUCUUUCCGGUAUCGAUCAAUCUUUAAUCUCGGGAGCAAAUCUAUACAUGCCAGCUUCGCUUGGCCUCAACACAAGACAAGUUAGUUUGGUCAGUUCUGGCGUACCAUUAGGUGCCGUCGGUGGUGCAUUGAUGCUUGGACCAUUGAACGAAGCCGUCGGACGAAAACAAGCUAUCGUAUGGUCUCUAUUCCUCUACACAAUCGGAGCAGCACUCGAAGCCGGUGCCGUCAACUUUGGCAUGAUGAUGGCUGGACGUGUUAUUCUUGGUCUUGGUGUUGGUCUCGAAGGUGGAACUGUCCCCGUCUACGUCGCAGAAUCCGUCGCACCCAAAUAUCGUGGAAACUUGGUCUCGCUGUACCAAUUCAUGAUUGCGCUAGGAGAAGUUCUCGGUUACGUCGUCGCUGCUAUUUUCGUCGGGGUUAAAUCUGGUGGUUGGAGAUACAUGUUGGGAUCUUCCCUCGUUUUCUCCACAAUCAUGCUUGUUGGUAUUCUCUUCAUGCCCGAAUCACCCCGUUUCCUUAUGCACAAGGGACGUACUGCGGAUGCUUGGGGCGUCUGGAGUCGUAUUCGUGGUACAGAUGAAGCUGCUCGUAAGGAAUUUUUCGUCAUGAAACAUUCUGUCGAUUCUGAGCGUGAGAUGGAAGGUGCUCGUAAGAGAUUCGCAUGGCUCGACUUCAUCACUGUUCCUCGUGCUCGUCGUGCGAUUAUUUACGCAAACGUCAUGAUUUUCCUGGGACAAUUCACUGGUAUCAACGCUAUUCAAUACUACAUGGCCACACUUAUGCAACAAGUUGGAUUCAACGAUAAGGAAGCUGUUUUCAUGUCGCUUGUUGGAGGUGGAGCCCUUCUCAUCGGUACCAUCCCCGCCAUUCUCUACAUGGAGAAAUUUGGUCGUCGUUUCUGGGCUAUUGCUAUGCUUCCCGGUUUCUUCAUCGGUCUUGUCAUUAUCGGUUGCUCAUACCUCAUUCCUUUGACCAACAAAGCGGGUUCCCAAGGUACAUAUAUCACCGGUCUUAUUCUCUACGAAGGUUUCUUCGGUUCCUACGCCUGUCUCACUUGGGUCAUUCCUUCCGAAGUCUACCCUACUUACCUCCGUUCUUACGGAAUGGAAACUUCGGAUACCAUGCUCUUCCUCUGUUCUUUCCUCGUUACAUACUUCUUUGCUGAAAUGCAAAAGGCCAUGUCGAAUAUUGGUUUGACAUUGGGUUUCUAUGGUGGUAUUGCAGUAGUGGGUUGGUUUUACCAGGUGCUUUUCAUGCCUGAGACUAAGAACAAGACGCUUGAGGAGAUUGAUGUUAUUUUCAGUCAACCUACUAGUCAGUUGGUCAAGGAGAACUUGAGAAGUUCGAUGGUCACUGCUAAUGACUUUAUUCAUGGACGAUGGGGUAAAGUCUUCUCUCCUGUUUCUGAGAGUGAUGUCUUCAGAAAGGAGAAUGGGCAUAAGUCUGAUGAGGGCGGAAUGGGAAAUGUUAAGCAUGAGGAGUUGAUGCAACCUGAGUCUUUGUAG